AUGCUGAUAUUAUUUCUAUUAUUAUUGACUAGCUCGAAAUGUUACGAAAAAUUUGGAAAACAGAUCAGCGUGUCGUCGUCAACCGAUGACUACGACCAUUGGUUUCAGUCGAAUCGUCGUCACACCUCCGAGCUUGGCAACGAUCUUGAGGAUGAGUAUCAUGAACACCUGCGAAGAAGUCUAGAAAAUGGCAACACGACGGUUUUUAAUCGAACCUUCCUUGCUCAACUAAUGGAAGAGCGACAGAUGUUCAUCAAAAAACUUGACUCUGGAGAGUUUCUGAACGAUCAACGACGAUUAGUUGACGAUAUUUUGGAUUCGGAAUACUAUGAGAAGAGCGUGCAUCCUCGCAUCGAUCACCUGAAACCGACACGCAUCAACGUCAGCAUGAGUCUUUACCAGAUUCUCGAAGUUGAUGAACGCUCUCAAAGUAUAACCGUGAAUGUGUGGAUGGUUCAGAACUGGUUUGAUGAGUUCCUCGACUGGGAUCCGCGCGAAUAUGGCAUGCUAAACAAGACCAUAGUGCCCUAUGAUCAAAUAUGGACUCCGGACACAUACCUCUAUAAUAGCGAAACGCUUGAACGGAAGAAGACGGAGUCGAUGAUGAACGCAAUUCUGGAGACAGGUUUUUGGGCGAACGACAGUCGAGGCGCCAGAGUUCAGCUAAUGUUUCCUGCUAUCUAUAAACUCUCAUGUGCGAUGAAUGUGCAAUGGUUUCCGUACGAUUCGCAAAACUGCACGUUUGUCAUCUCCAGCUGGACACACGACAAAGCCACAAUUGACUACUGGCCCACACAUCUGACAGUAAAUUUAAGGAACAUGGCUCGAAAUGAUGAAUGGGAUGUCCUCGAAUUUGAAUUCGAGAGGGUUGAGCAAAUGUUCAAGUGUUGUGUAAAUCCGUGGGUGAUGCUCUAUGGGCAUCUAGUGAUUCGCAGGAAGCCACUCUAUUAUGUCGUGAAUCUAGUAAUUCCCACGUCAAUAAUCACAAUAGUGGCUAUCACUGGUUUUUUCACUCCAACGUCAACAUCAAGCGAAAGAGACGAGAAGUUAUAUCUGGGUAUCAACACACUACUCACGAUGUCGAUUAUGAUGCUCAUGGUAUGCAAUCAGAUGCCAUCAACAUCCACGUACGUCCCAUUAAUGAGUAUGUGGUAUUAUUAG